CUUACACGUGCGUGCACCGUGUCAGUGGUUUGGUAACUUUGUACAUACUUAAUCGACUGUGUCCUUGAGCCUAUUCUUUUCGAUGUGCCAUCAUCCAUCAUGGUCAAAACCACUGGGUACCCGCUUGUCCUCCCGUUGUCUAGUUCUGGGAAGCCUGUUGCAUAUGACGAUUCUCGUUCAAAAUAUUAUCGCCUACUCUCUAGUUCUUUUCCAGUCAGGAAAGCAGUUUCAAUCUCGCUAGCAUUCUCCAUAGUGUUGCUAUACGCACAUUUUUUCCACCUUGGCCCGCGAUUUUCAUCGGAAAGCAACUAUCACAUUCGUUCUGGCGAGUCACAACGAUUUUGGGGGCCGUACUCUCCAUACUCUCCUGUCGAAGAAUACCAGCCGCCUCCCGACGGAUGUAGCGUAACACAGGUCAACAUUCUUCAGCGUCAUGGAGCCCGGUAUCCGACUAGCGGCACCUCUAAGGAAAUCCAAGAAAGUUUACAGAAAUUGCUGAACGCUUCCAAGUAUAUCGACGUGAAGCUGCAAUUUCUCCGUUCAUACAAAUGGCACCUCGGUGAAGCUGACCUUGUGCCCUUCGGCGCCACACAGUCGUUUCAAUCGGGUGCAGAAAUAUACCAUCGGUAUGGACAUCUUGUUGACCAUCACACGUUACCUUUUGUCAGAGCGUCUGGAGGAGAUCGCGUAGUGAAAUCUGCUGCCAAUUGGACUGCAGGCUUUGCCGAUGCAAGUGAACAGCUCUAUCAUCCGUCAGUUUCAGUCAUAAUACCCGAGACAGAGACGUCGAACAAUACCUUGGAGGACCAUAUGUGUCCCAACUCCCAAGAAUCACAUGAUGAAGCGAACGUGUGGCGAGAUAUAUUUUCUGUUCCGAUCGUACAUCGUCUUAAUACAGCUGCUGUUGGAGCUGGGAUUCUCAGCGAGGACAUACCCGGGCUAAUGUCCUUAUGCGCAUUCGAGACCGUUUUCGAGGAGAAAGAAAGCCAAUUUUGUGAUAUCUUCUCUCUAAAGGAAUUCCAGUCCUACGACUAUUAUCACUACCUGCUAAAAUAUUACAAGACAGGGUAUGGAAAUCCUCUGGGUCGUGUGCAAGGUGUCGGCUACGUCAACGAACUACUUGCGCGUCUUAGUGGGAGACCUGUUGAAGAUCGCACACAAACCAACUCGACUCUUGACUCAUCACCGAUCACGUUCCCGCUUAACAGAACGGUCUAUGCUGACUUCUCUCACGACAACCAGAUGGUUGCCAUCUAUGGUGCACUAGGACUGUUCCCCCAGACGUAUCCUCCUAACCCCACAAACGCUGACCCGCGAUGGGCGUGGGUAGUGUCUCGUCUUGUGCCUUUCUCUGGGCGGAUGAUCACGGAAAAGGUGCAGUGUUUCGAAGCGGGGAUACCAGGAGAUUUUAUUCGGAUUCUCAUCAACGAUGCCAUUCAACCCUUGGAGUUCUGUGGUGCGGGUGAUGGAUUGUGUAGGCUGGAUGCAUUCGUGGAGAGCCAAGUCUAUGCUAGACGCAAUGGUGCUGGUGAUUUUGAGAAAUGUUUUCCAGAAUAGAUUGUAACCCCCUUGCGGGGGGUGAUGUAAUAUUAGUGUCUCGGCUGACGUAACCGCGCGUGCCCUU